UCUUAUAAAAUUUCCCAGAAUAAUCUGCUUCAGCGCGAGCACUUCAGGCCAUAAAAUAUGGAGCAUUGUUACAGGUGUGCCGUAUCCACUCCAACGUCAUACCAUUUCAAGCCCUCAUUCCCUUCGGCUCUAUCUUCAUCUCUUGGUCUUUCAAGCAAAGCCCCAAUUUAUCAUUCCAAGAAACAAACAAUUCUGUUCACUGCCUCUCUAAGGGCUGUGUGUAUUCCCCAGUUCUCUUUUCUUGAACUGCACUCCUCAUGUAAAAAAAGAUGGCCCCCGUUUGUAGUCUCAGCCGCUGCUGCCGCCACUGAUACUGUGGAGGACAAGCUUCCAGCUGCUCUCCAAGUCAUUGAAACGAAAGAGCCCAAUUCCAGGGUCAGAUUGAGUGUAGACGUUCCUCCUGUUGUAUGCGAGGAUUGCUACAAAAGAGUUAUAAAGGAGUUCACGAAACAUUCAAAGGUCCCUGGAUUUCGCCCUGGCAAGAGUGUUCCUGAAAGCAUCUUGGUUAGCUAUGUCGGGAAGCAAAAUGUUCAGAAAGCUACUGUUGAAUCUAUUCUCAAGAGAACCCUCCCACAUGCUUUGUCUUCGGUAACUGGAAGUGCCUUAGAAGACUCCAUUCGCAUUGCUACGAAAUUUCCGGACAUGGAAGAGACAUAUUCAUCUUUAAAAUCUCUGAGGUAUGAUGUCCUUCUUGAUGUGGCACCUCAAAUCAAAUGGGUUCCAGAAAAUGGAUACAAAAAUAUUAAGGUUUUGGUAGAGUUAGACAGUGAUGUAGAUGCUCAGAGAAUUGCUGAACAAGAGCUGAAGCGUCGUCACAAAGCUCUAGGUGCAUUGCAAAUUGUUUCUGAUAGGGGGCUGCAGGAUGGCGAUGUUGCAAUUAUUGAUAUAUCAGCAACAACAGUUGUAGAUGAACAGAUUGCUAAAAGAAUUCCAGCAGCAGAGAGUAAAGGUUUCAACUUUGAUACAGAAGAGGGAGAUAAAGUUCUUCCUGGUUUUCUGGACUCAUUAAUUGGAAUAAAAUGUGGUGAAACAAAGUCCUUUCCACUUGUAUUUCCAGAAUCAUGGAAACAAGAAGAUCUCCGUGGUGUUCAUGCUCAAUUCACAGUUCAUUGUAAGGAACUAUUCUAUAGAGAUUUACCCGAGCUGAAUAACUCCCUUGCUGAAAAGCUUAUUCCAGGAUGCACUACCAUUGAGGAUGUCAAGCAAUCAUUGUGGCAAAGGUGCCAGGAAGUAGAGCAAGCAGCUAAAGAGCAAGCAACUGAUAAUGCAAUUCUAGAUCAAAUUCAACAGAUGGUUGAAGUUGAUAUUCCACAAUCACUCUUUGAGGAACAAGGGAGGCAGCUGUAUGGAGCCCAACUAUUAGAAAUACAAUCCAAUAUGAAGUUAAAUGAACAGCAGCUGGCGACUCUAUCAAGUCCAAAGGCUGUCAAUGAGUUCCUUCAAACUCAAAAGGAAAACAUAACAAACAUUAUAAAGCAAAACCUAGCCCUUGGUGAUAUAUUUUCUCGUGAAAAUCUGCAGGUUUCAAUUGAGGAGUUGGCAGAGGAGGUUAAAAACUCAACCGCUGAGUUCCAACAACUCAAGCAAGAAUAUGAUGAGGAGCGUAUGAAGGAACAGGUGCGAGAGGUACUUGAACGAGUCAAAGUGCUCGAUUGGCUUAGAGAGCAUGCCAAGAUUCAGUACAUAACAAGAUAGGGAGUAAAUUUGAAUGACUAUUUCAUGUAAACAUGCAUGUCCUCUUACAGUGGUUCUUAUACUGUGCGAAAGGUACUUGAACGAGUAAAAAGUGCUUGAUUGGAUUAGAGGGCAUGCCAAGAUUCAGUACAUAACAAGAUAGGGAGUAAAUUUGAAUGACUAUUUCAUGUAAACAUGUAUGUCCUCUUACAGUGGUUCUUGUACUGUAAGCUCUGAUCUAAAAAAAUUAAUACCAGACUCCUGGUUUGCUAUAAUACAAGAUGUCCACUACCAUGCUAAAGUGGAUUGCCAUGUCAUUUCAGUUACACUUCUUAUUCUACCACAUUUCCAGUGUAUCUUUCAUGGCUCCUCCAUUGUGAUGAGUGAUGACAAACCCAAUACACCGCUCAAAGUGGGCUUUGUCUUCCUCAAAUUCAAGACUGCCCAAACCAUCAUGAUCAGACUUUGCCGCUUCCAAGUCCUAUGAAGACUUGGUCAAAUCCGAUCCCCGCCAGUUUUUUAGGCAGCUGUGAGCUGCUAUAAUGCUAUUGAAUCAGAUAUUUAUGCGGCCUUUUGGAUCCCACUUGUUUCAGUUCAUUGAUUGUUGACAUUGUAUUAAAUUUAUCUUAUAUAGAUUAGAUUGAAGAUACCUUUAUUUUGUGGGGUGCAAUAGUGAUCUCCUCAGAAACCUAUUAUUAGCCUUCUUGUUACAUAUUCAAACCAUUUGUCUUAGACCUUAGUUGUUUAAAAUUAAUUUGAAUUACUUUUAUUAUCAA